UUGAACAUGUUUUCUUUUAGAGGAACGCCCUGCCACACCCAACUGGUCUGGUACCAAGUUGACUCAUGAGAGCUUUCGUAACUGGAUACCACUGAGCGGUCGUGUUCUCGCCUGGGCUGUUCCCUGAAAUAUCCCCCGAGCGAAACACACGCACAUCGGAACGGCCUCGAACCGCAUACCUCAUUUUGGUUGUAACUUUCUUUCUUGUCUGGAGACCGAAAAACCGAGGAGCUAAUACGUUUUUGUCAACAUGAAGAUUUGUCUGCUACCCGCUUUACUCCUCUUGGCGACUGGGGCAUUGACACAGGACGGAUUUGACCUGUUUGAUGCUCUGGAUGACGUAGAGCCAACUCCACCAAAACCCAAAGAGCAACCAAAACCCCCGGCGAAUCCUGAUGGUGGUCUGGACCUUUUAGAUGCCUUCGGACCAGAUGAGCCAGAAGAGAAACCAAAGAAGCCUCAACCUAACCCCGGAAAUUCUGAUGGCUUUGGAUUCGACCUAGAGGAUGCUGUAAAUCCAGACCCAAAUGCCAAACCUGACAGACCCGCAGUCAAUCCACGCAAGCCCAGUGGAGGCGGCGGCAGCUUUGAUGACAAGGACUUAUUUGAUGUCGGUGAUAGCGGAAACUACAAGCCUGAUGGAGGCCGUUCGGGAGAUUCUGGCUAUAACUAUGACGGUGGUGCUGAUCAGCCUCAAGAGGCCGGUUCCGGAACAAUCGCGGGAAUCGUCAGCGCUAUCGGGGUGGCUCUUUUAGGGGCCGCAUCCAGUUACUUUGCUUACCAGAAGAAAAAAUUGUGUUUCAAGAUACAAGGAGGUGCUGACCCAGAAAGCGGGAAAACCCGGGACCCGGGAUCACAGUCCAACCCUCAAGUUUACAGCGACUUGCUCAGGACGUCCUAGACAGCCCUUCUGCAAAAGACGUGCCUGCUGGAUGGAACUACAGCUAACUCUUGACGCCUUUCUUUGUCCCAAAGUUAACCGAAAUUUCUGCUGCGUACCGGUUGGCUUUCUUUUGUCAGGGCAGAAUAUAUUUUAGCAGUUUCAUCGGUUAUUUUACAUUUGUCGUUUGUAACGGUAACACCUCUCUCUGUCAUUUCAGAAGACCAUGGUAUACAUGUUUUUUGUUAUAGUCCGAAUGUCUUCUUUUUUUGUGUAUGAAUCCCCCCCCCCCCCCCCCUAUAUCGGCAAUAGACAGAAGUAUUAAAAAGCAAGGGGUGAAGCCAGAACCUUUUCAGUCGGGUGGCAGAGCCACUCACUAGAGGUGCUUUUUCCAUUGCCCCGCCCUCCGUUGCUUCUGCAUUACAACAGGCACCAAUCAACUGGGGCGGGGUCAACAGAACCCUGCGAUUGGGCCGCGUUUGACCACAGAAUCAAUUUCUGGAGUUAAGCAAGGGAGAUACAAACCGCCGCUGCCAAGGCAUCGAAAUGCAGUGUAUAACAGUACACAUACAGUAGAUUGUGUUUUACAACAUUACUUAACCAUAUAUACAAUUUCUUACCUACUGUACCCGUGGAUGAAAUACUGAAGAUUGUGGUAACUUUUUUUUUAAUUUUUUUUUUGUCAGUGGCGCGCAUGUGACCAGGUCCUUUGGAGUAUUUGAGAGCAAGUCUCGUCGAUCAGUAUAGUCCCAUUUUUAUCGUCACUGUAGACGUCGUCUUUUCUUUAGCAACCUGUGUAUUCCUUGACUGGCAUCAUGCAACAUGUAACGGCUCUAAAAAAAAAAAAAAAAAAAAAAGAAAGUGUGGAUGUAAUAAAUUGAAAGAUGGGGCUCGGUCACGUUGACUUAACUGACCUCGGGAGAGGAGCGCAAACAAGCGUCUCGAUUUCAUCCAUGGGUACAUGCAAAAUUGUGAAUGGUUAAGUGUUUUAAAACACAAUAUCGUAUUUUUAUGACUUGCCGGCAACCGGCUAUUUGGCUUGCAGAAAAGCACGUAGCUCCGCCCGAGUUAAAAAAAACCUUGGUGCAGGUUUUUUGUGUCUGUUUUUAAAGGAUAAUGAUGCAUAUAAUGGGUAACUCGUGUAUGACAGCUUUUGUUGUUGCAGUGGUACCUUCAUUUGGGAGUGCACUGACCUAAGAAUUUUCAAAUUGCUGGCCGUUGUUCGGCUGAUUUUGUAUUUUUGCAAACCAAAAUUUGAGGCAAAAGUCCAUUUCUGGUACAUUAUCGCAAGAAUAUCCGCUCAAUCAUCCUGUGUUUUGUUCACAGUUUGAGAUAAAAGGAGUAAAACGAGUGACGGGCUCAGUCAUGGAACACACGGAACGUAUAAGUCGGGGUACCACUGUAUUUUGAUGUGCGAAUGUAAUGUGUGUGUACAUGUUUGGAAUUAAAAAUGGAGGGCGAGAUUUGUA